AAGGAAAUAUGUCAUUGUUUAAAAGGGUGGUGGCAUUAAUCUAUUGAGUAAGUAGGAAAAGAAGGAUUUUCUAAAUGUAGUUGUUAACAACCAACCCUUUUACAUUUUCCUAGUAUUAUGAAUUUGAAAUUUAGACGACACCAAAUUUGGUUAAACCUUACCAAAAUACUCUGAACACAUAAAAAUUUCAAAUUGGAGAACCAUUUGACUCAGGGUCUAUUAUAUUAGUAUUAAUAAUUUAAUACUAUAUUAAUCUCUGUUCUUAGGUAUAAUUAUGUUAUCUAAAUUCAUCCUACAUAGCAUUAUUUUUUCCCUCUUUAGCUUAACAAGACAAACAAAACAAAAAGUAGAAUACUGUCACUCAUUCUAUUCAUCUGAUAGAGUAGAAAACAGCAAUCAUACAGACGACAAUCUCCUUCCAAAUCCCAUAAUCAGCUGCCACCUUUAAUCAUCAUAUUCCCCCAAAUGACCAAUCCUAAUUACCUUACCAACAUAUAAUAAAUAACAUGUGCAUUACAAUGCUUUUUCUCAAUCAUCACUUUCUCUCAUAAUCAUGCCACAUUUUCUUCCUCACUCAAAUUCUCAAACACUACUUUCUUCACUCUUCACCUUUAAAUGUACUAAAACAUAAAACACACCAUUGUUCCCUCUCUUCUCACACCAUAACAUGAACACAAAAACACUAGCAUUACCCUUAACCUUAACCUUAGUAGUAUUUCUAUGCACAUUACCAUCAUUAACACAAAGUGCACAACAAAAUGAUACCCAUGCCCUCACCGAAUUCCGUCUCAAAACGGACUUCCACGGCUACCUUGUCAGUAAUUGGACUGGCGAGGAUGCCUGCAACGCCGCAUGGCGCGGCGUUGAAUGCUCCCCGAACGGCAGAGUUGUAGCUCUCUCCGUUCCUUCCCUUAAUCUCCGAGGUCCCGUUGAUUCUCUCUCGACGCUAAUCUACUUACGCUUCCUUGACCUACACGAUAACCGUUUAAACGGAACCAUUGUUCCUCUUUUAAACUGCACUGAUCUUGAACUUCUCUAUCUCUCACGCAACGACUUCUCCGGCGAGAUACCACCGGAGAUAUCAUCGUUACGGUUUCUUAUCAGACUCGACAUCUCUGAUAACAAUAUCCACGGUAAAAUCCCUAAAGAAAUAUCAAAAUUGAAUCAUCUCCUCACUCUCCGGUUACAGAACAAUGAACUCUCCGGCGAAGUUCCCGAUCUUUCUUCUUCCCUAAACAAUCUCAGAGAACUCAACAUCACCAACAAUGAACUCCAAGGACACUUACCAGACGCAAUGGUUACCAAAUUCGGUAACAAAAGCUUCUCCGGUAACGACGGUCUUUGCGGAUCGAGUCCGUUACCGAAUUGUUCCGUCACCGGAACUCCUCAUCCACCUUCCGAUGAUGCUGGUUCCGAAAUCGUUCCUUCAAACCCUAGCUCAAUCCCAAAAACUAGUAACAGUACUCACGGUAUAAUUCCAUCUGAAACUCCGAGAAAACGGAAAAUGUUGAGUCCGGGAGGAAUUGUGGCAGUUGCGGUGGCGGUUUCCGUGGUUUUACUGAUGGCGGUUUCUUACACGGUGGCGCAAUGUUGCGGAAGAGGAAGAUCUAAUUCAACGGUUGGGAUGGAUAGUGAGAUUGGUAAGAGAAAAAGUGAUAGUAGUAGUGGAAGCGAGAAAAAAGGGUACCGUGGAAAUAGUAAUAAUGGGGGUGUAGAUAGAGAUAGUGAUGGAACAAUAACUGAAACAGAGAGAAGUAAAUUAGUGUUUUUUGAUAGGAGGAAUGAGUUUGAGUUAGAGGAUUUGCUAAAAGCUUCAGCAGAGAUGCUUGGGAAGGGUAGUUUGGGAACUGUUUAUAGGGCUAUUCUUGAUGAUGGAUGUACUGUUGCUGUUAAGAGACUUAAGGAUGCCAACCCUUGUGAUAGGAACCAGUUUGAACAGUAUAUGGAUGUUGUGGGGAAGCUUAGACACCCUAAUGUUGCUAGACUUAAAGCUUAUUAUUAUGCUAAGGAAGAAAAGCUUUUGGUUUAUGAUUAUCUUUCCAAUGGAAGCUUGCAUGCUCUUCUUCAUGGAAACCGAGGUCCGGGAAGGAUUCCGUUAGAUUGGACAACAAGAAUAAGCUUGGUGUUGGGGGCAGCAAGAGGCCUUGCAAGGAUUCAUGGAGAGUAUAGUGCAGCCAAGAUACCUCAUGGGAAUGUGAAAUCUUCCAAUGUGCUACUUGACAAGAAUGGGGUUGCUUGCAUAGGUGACUUUGGUUUGUCGCUAUUGUUAAACCCUGCUCACGCGGUUGCGAGGUUGGGUGGGUACAGAGCUCCAGAGCAGGCGGAAGCGAAGAAACUCUCACAAGAGGCAGAUGUGUAUGCUUUUGGGGUGUUGGUAUUAGAAGUUUUGACAGGAAAAGCCCCUUCCUCCUCUCAGCAUUCUUCUCCUGUAGGAGUUCGCCCUUGUGUGGAAUUCGAUGAACAAGUAGCAGAUCUUCCAAAAUGGGUUCGGUCAAUUGUGAAGGAAGAGUGGACAUCAGAGGUGUUUGAUCAAGAACUUUUGAGGUACAAGAACAUUGAGGAGGAGCUUGUUUCAAUGCUGAAUGUAGGAUUGGCCUGUGUUGUGUUACAACCUGAGAAAAGGCCAACUAUGUUGCAAGUUGUUAAGAUGAUUGAGGACAUUAGAGUUGAACAAUCUCCUCUAAGAGAGGAUUAUGAUGAAUCGCGCAAUUCACUUUCACCUUCACUUGCAACUACUGAAGAUUGCCUAGCUUAAUAACACUACUGUAAUUCAUUGCCUCAGGAUGAAACUUUCUUUGAUCCUCUUGUUGCAUUUACUUAUUGGUAUCGUUUUAGCUAGCUCUUCAAUUUGCAUGAGUUGUUAAUUAUUGUUUUAUAUUUGUAAUAUUUGUGAAAUGAUUAUGUUGUUGCACUUGUCUUGAGACAUGGCUAAUAUAUCUUGAUAAUCAAUGGUUCUGCUACUCACAUAGCACAGCCAAUACUUAGCA